AUGCCUCGUGCUUCGGGCUCGGGUAAGCGACACCCUGGCCCCGCUGGUCAGCGCGACGCGAGACACGAUAAUGGCCUUGUAGGUCCCGCUUCCGCCAAGCGCUCCUCGGCCAAGAAGAACAACGGCAACGCUCACCACCACUCUGACGCUUCCGCCAUCGCCGCCGUUGCCGCUUCUGCUGCUCCCUCGAUCGACUACGCCUCCGCUCAUCAGCGGUCGCCCCUCUCGCCCCCUCGCAAGGGAAACGCUGCCUCCGUUAACAACGCAGCGACGGCAGCCGUCAUCCCUCCGCCAUUCGUCAAUGGCAGCGCUUCCCCUUCUGCCGUCCCCAGGCAGAAUGGCAUGUAUGCUGCCGCUGAUCAACUCCCGAUCGGUGGUGGUCUGGUCAACGGCUCCUCUGGCGCCCACGCUCUGAGGUCUGGUAGCUCCGAUCCUGGCUACUCUGACGAGACCUCGUCCGAGUCGGGCGCCUCCCUCGUCAUGCGCAACGGCUACGUCGACGCUGGCCAUCGCCAGAUUGACGUCAACGCCCUGAAGAAUGUCGACGUGCAUCGCGACUCCGGCCCGCUCGAGCUGGCCACCACCGUCCUCAAGGCCCUGCCUAUGCAGGACACCCUGGCCAUCCUCAUCAUUCUCAUGCAUGUCCCCGCCGUUUCGCUGACCUUCAUUUACACCAUCUUUGCCUUCCUCACCUUUGUGCCCCCCGUCACCACCAGCUCUGGCAUGAACAUCAACUUUGCCGAGAUGCUCGAUGGCAUGGCCACCACCCCGGCUCCAGUCACCCUCCUCUGCAUGGACAUGCUCUUCGUACUGUUCUGGCUGUUCCUGUGGCAGCCGCUGCAAGAGGUCAUGCUCGACCUUGCCAAGCCCGUCAUCGCCAUCACCCUUGGCGGCGGUACUGGCUCCCGUGACGGCACUUCCAGGGGCCUCACCACCUGCUUCAUCUGGGUCAUGCUGCACCACCUCCUCCGCGGCACCCAGUCUCACUGGGCCCGCCUAGUCCGCCACAUCCCCGACACCUGGCCGAUCCCGGCCGUUCUCCACGAGCCCUUCAAGCUGCAUGCCCAAGAGUUUGAGGUCAAGGGCAUCAUCGCUUGGACCAGGAGCCUGCUCGCCGUCCACAUACUCACCCAGGGCAUUAUCCGCCAUGUCAAGGAGUGGUACCUGCGCAGGGAAAAGGUCAACGCGAACGUCAGUCUGAGCGAUCCGGAGGUUGGGAAGCCAGUUUCUGGCAAUGCCACCUCUUCCUCCUCCUCCGCCGCCGCCGCCGGUCCUGCCGAUGGCUCCUCAGUAGGGGACAUCGGUCUGACGACACCCGAGACGGAGCCGACGGUACCGCAGGGGCCCAGCUCGUUAUCAGCAAGCAAAAAGAAAAGAAAGCAGAGCACACAGGUACGCCUGCAGCAACCGCUGUGGGCUGCACUUGCAAGCACCAAGAUUGUCGUCAUGAAAGAGUACGAGCUCUCGCACACGUCGCGCGAGCAGACGGGCUCCAACGCCACCGAUGUCCACAACCUCGGGAACGCACCUUUCGAGCGGCAGCCGCGUCAGGUGUGGAUAUCAUACGUUGGAAGUGAUGAAGUUUGUUUUAGCACCAGUUUUUUCCCCGAGGAUAUGAUGGAUAUGGAUACGGAGACGGCGAGGGGAGGAGAGGGGGACACGAUGCCCACAGCCACGAAGAACCCGGAGAAACCCUUCUUUGUGCGCGUCAACAACGCCUUCUGGCAACCCACACGCAUGUUUCCCCUCGAGGCGCCGGUGGAGGAGAUGGAAGAGGAGCAGCGAGGCACGCGGUGGACCGGCGACAUCUACGGGUUGCGCCCCGCGUCAAAGUACGUCGUCGAGUUCGUGCACCGCCGGACGGAAGAGGUCCUCUUCAAGACGAGCAUCCGCACGGUCCACGAGCCGCAGCGCGAGGACGAGGCCGGAGGCCACGCGGCAACGGCAGCGGCAACUGAACAGCCCUCGCUGCGGCCCGACUCCCCAGCCACGACGCUCCGGACUUCGAUCGCCGCAGCCGACGCCAGGCUUACCGAAGAGAAGAACCAGCUCAAGUCGGCGCGCAAAGAGUGGAAGUCGCGCAUCAACAACCUCAAGAAGGAGAUUGAGCUCGCGGACAACCAGCUGGCGUCGGCCGGCAACCACGACGAAAAGUACCGGCAGAAGGUGCGGCAGCAGGAGACGCAAAAGUCGCAGGCCGAGCGCGACACGGCCGAGCUGGCGGACCAGCUCAAGAACUUUGACUCGGGCGCCGAGCUGGCGGAGCGCAAGAAGAAGGUGGAGCGAGCGUAUGCGGCAAGCAAGAAGCUGUACGACGCGGAGAAGAAGGACUUUGAGGACCACAAGGCCAAGCUAGAGAAUGAGGUGCGCGCCCGCCAGGUGGAGCAGUCCAACCUGGUCAGCCGGGUCAACAAGAUGCGCACCCGCAUCAACAAGGUGGAGACGGAGCUGGCCAACAUCACCGACGCCAACAACCGUGGACUCGACGAGGCCGAGAGACACCGCCGCGAGCGCGCGAACUGGCAGGACCACAUGGCCGCUAUCGAGACAAACUACCGCGAGCGUCUGAUGCACGCCAGGGCUACCAACGCUGCCAAGCUCGAGCAGAUCCGCGUGGCCGAGGCCCAGCUAGUAGCUCUCGUCAGCGGCGGUAACGGCGCCUCCAGCACGGCCAUGCUCGACUUCCAGCAGCAGCAGCAGCAGCAGCAGCAACCAAGCGGAUCAUGGAACCCCAACCCCGCGGCGCCGCCUCACAUCCCUUCGAGCAUGUGGGGAGCCCCGGAGGCCAUCCCCGCCGUCGCAACGUCGACCCCCCAUCGUAACCACGCAGGCCUCGCAUCGGCAUGGCAACCCCCGCCCACGGCACCCCCUUUCGAACCUAUGGGUGCUAGGACACCCAGUGGUGGCAUCAAGAUGCGCGGACGCAGCUCCAGCAUGCUCAGCGAUGUUAGUGGCUUCACGCAGUCGAGCAACGAGGAUGAUGUUGGUGGCGCCUACCAAAGCUACGGGCCUUCCUCCUUGAACGGGAACCCCUGGUGGCAGUUUUCCUCCAUGACGGGACCUGUCCUGCAGGGAUUACAUCAGGGAGGGAGCAGCGGCAGUGGGAGUGGGAGUGCGCCCAGGAGUCCUGUCUGA